AUGUUUGUAGGAAAGGAAGAUGAUGGGGGUUUACCGUUUAUGCCGGAGAUGAUGUUAGGGCAGAGAUCACGGGACCGGAGACGUGUUUACUAUCUUGCGGUCAUCAAGGAUGUAUUGGAGAUUGCUAAUGUGUUAAACAGCAAAUGGAAGAGGCAAGGGGAAUUGAUGUACAUAAUUACCUAUGACAUUCUUUUUGGACAGGAUGCAUCUCUAACAGGAGAUGCAGAAAAAUAUCUCAUCCUCAGGAAAGGUCCACUACAAUCAGCUCUUGCAAAGAUUUUAGUAAGGAAGGGAGCAAAAAAUGUAGAAGAUUUGAUGGCUCAAUAUCAGAUUCCUGAUGUUAAGAAACCUUGCUUUGUCCGUGUUMAUACUCUGAAACUGGAUGUUGAAACUGCUGUGUGUGAACUAGGCAAAGAGAAUGAGGUAGCCUCUUCAACAUAUGUUCCUGAUCUUUAUCUCUUUUGAUCUAUGAUUACAUUAAUAUAAUUCAUUGUGUCUCAGGGUAAGGCAAGCUCCAUGGUAGCAGUUGCCCUUGGGCCUAAAUCAGGAUGGCAGGUUAUUGAUGCAUGUGCAGCCCCUGGAAACAAAACUGUACACCUUGCUGCUCUUAUGAAGGGAGAGGRAAAAAUUGUUGCUUGUGAACUUAACAAGGAUAGAGUUAAACGUUUGGAACACACCACGAAGUUGGCGGGCGCUGCUAAUGUGGAAGUUUUACACAAGGAUUUCUUGAACUUGAAUCCCAAAGAUCAAUUGUAUUCCAAGGUCCGUGCCAUACUUUUAGACCCUUCAUGUUCUGGAUCUGGGACCGCUGCUGAUAGAUUGGAUUAUCUACUCCCGUCACAUACUUCAGGUGAUGGUGAUGACAUAAGCCGACUCAUCAAACUUGCUGCUUUCCAGGAGAAGGCACUAAUUCAUGCACUAUCUUUUCCAGUAGUGGAGAGAGUGGUCUACAGCACAUGUUCUGUUCACCAAAUUGAGAAUGAAGAUGUCAUCAAAUCAGUCCUACCUCUUGCUGAAUCUUAUGGUUUUCAACUGGCAACCCCAUUUCCAAAAUGGCCACGUCGUGGUCUCCCGGUUGUUGAAGGAUACCUCCAUACUGAAACUUUCUGA